AUGAGCGAUACGUUGGAAAUUGUUCCCUUUGCAGACGCAGCGCGUGUCACGGCGGUUGACUCUCAUGUCUACUCCGCCGUCCUCGUCGAAGGUUACUGCAUUGGUUCAGUACCCAAUGGCGGCUACGUCGCCUCUUGCAUUCUGCGCACCGCGUCGGAAUACCUCGCAGCUCGGGGUCAGCCCGACGUAAUAUCUGCGCACUUCGAAUACAUCAACCGGACCGAAGUCGGCCCAGCCAUCCUCGUCAUCGAAGAUGUCAAGCUCGGUCGCGCCCUCUCCACUAUCCAAAUUACCCUGUACCAAAACGACUUGCAGACUUCGGCACCCUGGAUCACGUCGCAAUCCCGAAAGGAAGUCAUCGGUUUCCUCACGAACACGAAACUCUCCCUCGAGAAGGGCCUAAGCCUGCCCACCGGUUGGACCCUCGACCCUCCCACACCACCAGUAGACCUCGUGAAGAUGGCCCGCGGAGAGGAUCCCAAUUGGGCGCUGAGGCCGCAGUCGCCCAGCCCUCGAGCGAACUCCUACGCGCGGGCUCAAACGAACAUUGAAAUUUUCUCGCCGCGAAGGGGUCAACCAAGACGCGGGGUGGAAGAGUCGUGGAUUCGGCUGGUUUCCGGGGAGGGCUUCACGAAUGCGUCUCUGGGUUUUGUGGCGGACUGUUUCCCUUACGUUGUCGAGGCCUGGAGGCCGAAGAAGGACGAGGAACCUAUUCCGUUCCCGCACAACGAACUGUUCUGGUACCCCACGGUCACUCUAAAUCUCGACGUCAAAAAGGAGCUCAAGGAUGGGGAGAACGAAUGGGUUUACGUGAGGACGAGUGCCAAGUCUAUCCAGAAUGGGAGGUUCGACUUGGAUGUUGCCAUCAUGGAUAUGCACGGAGAUAUUGUUGCCAUUAGCACGCAUUUGUGUUUGAUUCUUUCGGCUGCGAGGAAUCUGGGUGCUCGCAGCGGCGCUAAUAAGGGCAAGAUAUAG